CAAGCAAUAAAUCAAUCAGUUGAACACUGCUAUUUCGACAUUAUGGAAUUGUGUGAUCAAAUUGAUCCGAAUAUGAGCGAUAAAACAAAAUUAACGCUGCUUACUCCUACCUUAAGACCAAGUUUAAAGAAGAAAAUACUAGAGAAAAAUCCAAAAACAUCAGAAGAAUUCCUUAAAAUUGCUGAAGCUAACCAAAAACAUUUGAGUAGUGAAUUAGAUCAGAAUGAAUUUUCAGAUGGUAUAUUACAUAUCAAUCAACGACCUUCGUAUCCAUUUCAAUCUGAAACAUAUGGUUCUUUCAUACUCUUCUAGAUGCCCCACAAUUAUAUUAAUAUCCGUGAACCAUCUAAACAAUAUGUAAAUCGUGAAUCGUCUUCACCAGCACAUUUAGCAUUGACCUCCGAUCAACGCAAUCAUUAUAAAACAGCAACAAGAAAAGCAUCCAGAAAUGAACAAUUACGUCAACAAUAUGAUGCAUUUGAUGUUCCAAAAUCUCAAUAUGA